UAAUUAAAUUUUUGUUGACUGUUGCCUUGCGGCAUGGACAACUUGUUUUAACGAGUAAAAAAACAAUUUAACAGUUUCAUAUAAUUGCUUUUCCUUAGAAACAUUUGUUUUAAACCAAAGAAAGGAAAAUAUUGUUAUAAAGUUUAGUGAGAAGACAAUGGCUGGUCCUGUUAAGUGGAAAAUAAGAAAUAUUGUACUAGGAGUUUUACUAGGAAGUUUCUGUUUGUACACAUAUCAUUACUUAACAAAAUGUGGAUCAAUUUUAUGGAAAGAUUGCAUGGGAACAAAUCGACCCAAAUUUUUAUGCAUAGACUUUCAUGGUGGAAUGGCAAACCAAAUGUUUAUGUAUGCGUUUGGUCUUAGUAUGUCAAUACAAAGAAAUCUAGAAUAUAUUGUACCAAAAGAUAUGAUGCUGACUGAGAUUUUCAAUAUUACGCCAAAUACGUUUAACGAUCAUGGCUUCCAUAGUGGAUCAGGUUUUUGCACCCGUCAAUAUGAAGACAUUCUUGAUUGUGGUUAUGAUAGCAGUUUCCAAAAAUUACCUUCUAUAGAUCUUUCAUUUAAAGGCUAUUUUCAGUCAUGGAAGUACUGGAUACGAUAUGAAAAUGAACUACGAAAAGCUUUUACAUUUAAGCCAUGGAUAUCAGAAAUGGCUGAUAAGCAAAUACGUAAUAUUAUGACCAAAAGAAAUGCCACCUACAAGGAUGGUACAACAUUCAUUGGGGUUCAUGUCCGAAAUGGUGAUUAUUCAAAUAAACAUUUCGCUGAGUUUGGAUACAGAUUGGCUCCUGCAAGUUAUUUAAAAAAUGCCAUGGAUUAUUUCAGGAAUCGUUUUAAUAAAGUUUUAUUUAUUGUUUGCACUAAUGAUUUAAAAUGGACUUCUCAGAUUAUUGGAAAAGAAAAGGAUAUUUACCUAACACCCGCUGGCAAUCCAGCGCCUGUAGAUAUGGCGCUAUUAUCAUUGACAAAUCACACCGUGAUGACUGUCGGAACCUAUGGUUGGUUCAUAUCUUGGUUGACAAGGGGAAUAACUAUUCAUUACAAAUAUCCCUAUGUCAUUGGAUCAGAUUUUUCUAAACAAUUUCAUUCCAAUUAUUCAGAUCAUUUUUAUCCUGGAUGGAUUGCAAUGGAAUGAAGUUGAACAUUGAGAUUAUUUAUUGGUAUUUAAGAUCUGAUGAAUUUUAUAAUUGUAUAAUUUCAAAAAACAAUGAUGACUUUUAUACCCAUAGUUUUAAUCAUAACAUUUUCCAAUAAUCAAAGUUUAUAACUUUAUACAGCAUCACAUGCAUACCAUGGCAGCAUUAAAACUUAAGAUGUUUUAAUAGAAGCAAUCAGGUUUAUUAAAACAUUGUAAUUGUAAAUAAGAAAUAGGGGUACUUUAUAUAUGCAAAGUUUUUGCAAACAGCUUAUCUUGAUUCAGUUGCUUCCACCUACCCAUAAUGAGCAGUCCACUCCUGUCAACUCCAAUUCCACUUUUUGUUUCAAGAAAUGAUGAAUUCAAAAGAAACUCUGGUUAAAUUUUAAGUCUUUGAUUAAAAAAUUAUUGAAUUUUUAAGCUUAAACCCUACAUUCAUGACAUUUAAAAAAAAUUCCAACAUCUUUAAUUUAACAUGUAGGAUAUUUUUUCCAAGGUAUGUUAUAACUGUACAUCCUUCAACCUGAUAGACCUUGGAUAAUUUUUCCAAGGUCUGUUAUAACUGUACAUCCUUCAACCUGAUAGAUCUUGGAUAAUUUUUCCAAGGUCUGUUAUAACUGUACAUCCUUCAACCUGAUAGACCUUGGAUAAUUUUUCCAAGGUAUGUUAUAACUGUACAUCCUUCAACCUGAUAGACCUUGGAUAAUUUUUCCAAGGUAUGUUAUAACUGUACAUCCUUCAACCUGAUAGAUCUUGGAUAAUUUUUCCAAGGUAUGUUUUAACUGUACAUCCUUCAACCUGAUAGAUCUUGGAUAAUUUUUCCAAGGAAUGUUAUAACUGUACAUCCUUCAACCUGAUAGAUCUUGGAUAAUUUUUCCAAGGAAUUUUAUAACUGUACAUCCUUCAACCUGAUAGAUCUUGGAUAAUUUUUCCAAGGUCUGUUAUAACUGUACAUCCUUCAACCUGAUAGAUCUUGGAUAAUUUUUCCAAGGUAUGUUAUAACUGUACAUCCUUCAACCUGAUAGAUCUUGGAUAAUUUUUCCAAGGUAUGUUAUAACUGUACAUCCUUCAACCUGAUAGACCUUGGAUAAUUUUUCCAAGGUCUGUUAUAAAUGUACAUCCUUCAACCCAAUAGUUCUUGAUUCAUUUUUCCAAGGUCGGUUAUAUAGAUAUAGGAAGAUGUGGUGUGAGUGCCAAUGAGACAACUCUCCAUCCAAAUAACAAUUUAUAAAAGUGAUCCAUUACAGGUCAAUGUAUGGCCUUCAAAACGGAGCCUUGGCUCACACCGAACAAAAAGCUAUAAAGGGCCCCAAAAUUUCUAGUGUUAAACCAUACAUAGGAAUAACUGUACAUCCAUUAACCCAAUAGACCUUGGAUAAUUUUCCAAGGUCUCACCAUCUGUUAUUACUGUACAUCCUUCAAUUCAAUAGACCUUGAUUCAUUUUUACAAGGUCUGUUAUAACGGUACACCCUUCAACCCAAUAGACCUUCGAAAAAUGAAUCAAGAUGAAAACAUUUUAUUUACUACAGCACAGCACAGGAGGUCCCAAUAGCCAUCAGUGGGAUUCUUUUUUAGUGGUAUAUAUACCAAAGAACAUAUUUCUUUUUUCUCUUUUAUAUUCAUACAGUAAUAAUUAUACUCUUUGCAGGUAAAUUGAUAAUAUAAAAGAAAUGGGAGAUACUGUCAAAAUUUUUCAAAUCCCUUAUUUUACAAUCAAUUCUUUUGAAUUGGGACUUAAGUUUGGAACCUGCCCUCUUAAAAAUGGUUGGAUCUGUCUCUGGUUUUAAUUUCAAAAUUAAACUGGGAUUUGUUCUAUUAAUUUUGUAAAUAAUCAAUCAUAUAGGGGGAUGACAUGUGAAAUUUUACAUUCACAUAUACAUUUUUAUACCUGUAAUUUUAUUUAUUAUAUUUUUCAUUCCAAUAUGUAAUCAUAUUUUUGCUCACUGAACAUUUAUUGUUAUUUAAUUGACAUUGAUUAUAAUGUUUAAACCUUUAUCUAUUUAAUAGUCUUUUUUUGUGGGAUAUAGAUUUUCUAUAUUGUAUUAAAUAUACUGAUUUGGUGACAGUAGCUUGGUUAUCUAUUCAGUAACAUAAUUUUAUGUAAUUGAUAUAUUCCCACAGGUUAUUAUCCUUUCUGUGACAUAUUUAAAAAAAUAAUUUCCCUCAUCUUGUGUUUAAAUUCUGUAAUUCUAGAAAAAUUCUGCAAAGCGCUUUGAUUUGUAAAUUACUACAUUUUUUUUCUAGAAAUUUAUAAAUUGACCAUGUUCACUAUUCUUGUCUGGUUAUAACUAUAGAAACUAUUUGAUUUCAGAAAGGAUAUUUUAAUUUUGUUUUGAAAAUAAGUUUUGAUGUUUCAAGCCUCAAUGUCAGUAGUUGAAUUUUGUUAAUUUGUUUAUUUACAUCUUUACUUUUACUUUAUUUGUUUAUAAACUGCCUUAAUAAGUUGAAAGUUUACAAAAUUGUAGGGUAUGUUGAUGGCCAAUUUGUUUGCAUUUAGAUGAAUAUUUAUAGCGUCAUCCAGGGUAUCUGUCUAACCUUAUGAGAUUUCAAUAAAAAUAUAUAAGAUGUUUUCCUUUAUGAUCUGAAACCCCCUAACUUUUUCUUUGAAGUGUGAAAUAAUGAAAAUAGACUUGAAACACUGGUAUAUAAGUGUGAUUUCUUUUGCUUUUAUGUGAAAAUAUAAAAGAAAGACCUAUUAUUGGGCCUUAUAAUAUUAAUAAUAAGGCCCAAGGGCUGAUAUUGUUUGAUGGUUAAUACAUCAUAUAAUAUUGACAAGUAUUGUUCACAGAAUUCUAUAAUUGACCUUUACAUAUGUGUUAUAUAAUGCUGACCUUGGAUGAAUUAGGAUACUACAUGUACAUGUAUUAUUUUUUUGUCAUAUUUUUAGCUUUAAUUGUUUUGGUUCUUAUACAUCCAUUCCUUGGAUUCACAUAUAUAUUGGUCUUUGAGAUGCAUUAAAUUUAUAAAGUGUUUUUUUGGUUGUUUUUUUUCACGCAAAUGGGAUGCAGUAAUGAAAAUAUAUGUGAUAUCAUUUAUUAUUAUAAUGCAGCUCUUAUAUAUACAAUGUACAUGUAACAUACAAAACAAUAGAGUAUGUGUAUUAGCAUAUAUAUAUUAAAUGUGUAUAAAGAUAUAUUUUACACUUUUUUUAAUGAAGAAUUAAUAUCAUUUGAUAAGUUGGUUGCAUCCCUUGUUGUGCCCAAAUAUUUUUCCUUUAUGUACUUAAGAAAUUUUGGAGAGAAAAGUGAACAUUUUUUAAUCCUUACUAUCAUGACAAUUGGAAAUCCCAAAAUGUUGAAUUCUUUGAUUUUGUAGAAAUCCAAAUCUUUUUUUUUAUUAUGAAAAUUGUUGACACAUCUACUUGGAGAUGUUUAAAGACUUUGACUACCCUUGAUGGUCACCAAUGGUUAGUAAUUUAUUCAGACAGCCAUGUUACCUCACAGAUAUUGAUCUUUACAUAAAUGAAUGAUAUUUUGUUUCUAGAGAUAUAAAAUUACAAAUCAUGUGAUAUUAUAUACUGACAAAUAUAUUUAUUAACUGGAAAUAUUUGCUCCAGACUUUUACUUUGUGUCAAUGACAUUUAGAGUGUUAAUUUUUUAGUUAUAAUAUUUGUUCAUAUGUUCAAACCAUUCCAAAGAUUUUAUAAAUCUAUAUGAUGUACUUGUACUUGAACAUGUUUUAAGGUGGUACCUAACACUACAGGGAGAUAACUCCGUAAAAUCAGCUAAACGUUUUAAUUACGUUGAGUCAAAUCGGUGAUCAUGAAUUUGGCAGCUGGUGCCCCUUAAAGAUUCUCAAUUAUCAAAAUAAGUGUUUGUCAAACUGCUAUAUAUAACCAGUGUAAUUUUUCUGAUAAAAUGCUUGGUUUAAAUUUUUUAAAUUUUGUGUAUUUUUGUUUUAAAAAGGAUUUACAUUGACAUUUUUUUUUUUAAAUUAAACGAGCCAAACUAAUUUUAGUGAAGUGUUUGGUACAAUCUUAAAUAGUCUCCAGAUUUCUUUUGCAUAAUAUGUACUGUAAAUAUAAAAAAUAUUUGAGAUUUUAAUUAAAUUUUGCAAAAACAUGGGAUUGCAUUAAUAAGAACUGCAUUUUGAAUUAAUAUUCUUAUUGCAAAAUAUGUAUGCUAUAAUUUCUAAAAUCCCAGUAUUCACCCUAGCCUUUUUGUCAGUUGAUUAUGCAAAUGGGAUAGAAAAUCCGCACAAAAAUCAUAAAUAUCUGAAUUAGUACAUGCAUUUAUUUUAGUGAAUUUUGAAAAAUUAACAAAAAUGCAACUUUAAUUAUUGCAAUUUUAAGAAAAGCUUUACAUACAUAUACAUGAAUAUGUGUUUGAUAUAAGAAUGCAAGUUCUUAUUAUUGCGAUAAUUAAUCAAGAAGUUACAUUUAUAUAGUCAUUUAUAAAAACCUUGCAAUAAUAUCUGAACUUACAGGAUUCCUAUUCCAUUUUUUAAGUCUUGCAUGUUCAUAUAUUGUCAAAUUUGAACUAAGAGUUAGCAUUUGGUGUAAGUGCUACAUGAACUAACACAUUAUUAUGCAUCAUUGCAUGUGGUCUCCCUUAUAUAUAGCUUUUAUGUAUUAUAUGUUUAUUGCAUGAAUGCCUUUUUUGUUCCCUGUAUGCUAUUUAAAAAAAAAAGAAGAUGUGGUAUGAUUGCCAAUGAGACAACUACACAAAUGUACCCACAAGAGACCAAAAUGACACAGACAUUAGAAACUAUAGGUCACAGUAAGACCCCCUAUUGCUAAAAUAUUUUCUAAAUUGAAAUAAGAAGUAGUGGAAUUCAAUAUUUUCCAUCUUGAUAUUCCUUUAAUGUUUUUAUUUUUAGAAAUCCACAGCUUGCAUGGAACAAAAUAUCCAUAAAAAAACACCUUGUACUUAUUUUUCAACCUUUGUCUAUCAUGUCUAUGUAAGGGCAGAUCAAGGAUUUUUGAAAGGGGAUUUAAUUCCUGAUAAGGGAAUGUAUACUGAAAUACAAAAAAUAUAGAAUAUAUACAUGUAAGUGGUCAAUAAUUUCUUUAUUUGAUUUUAUAUAUUUAUAUCAAUUUAUCUAAGCAAAAAAGAUUUU